ACCUUGUUUUCAACCGACCAAACCCUUUUGCCUCGCCCCUCUCUGUCUCCUAACCGUUCCCCAAUCUCUCUUGAAACUUUCAGACGUCGUGAUUUCCUCUCAAAUAAUCAAGUCUCUCAAACCCACAAAUUGAAAAAUCCAGAGACAAAAAGCUAGAAUGUCUGGAAAUCAAACGAUGGUGAACAAUUGCGGGUUCAUGACGUGCGACAAGCUGGAUCGGAUGGCGAAUUGGGUGGGGACGAGCGUGGCGUCGGCUUUCUUCGUGUCGCUGGAGCGUUGUGCCUGCAUCAACCUCAGCACCUCCCACGACGACCUCGACGACGACGAGGAAGAGGCCAAGGAUCGCCCCCUCAUGCUCACCAAGCUCCCAUCCCUCGACUGCUCCUCCUUCCACCUCCCCAACACCCCCACCGAUAAGGAUAAGCUUCCUCCCGUCUGACUCCACAUAUGCAUCGACACUCACAUACGCAUGUGCGAUGACAAUAUAUAAGAAUAUGUUGGAUUAUGUGCAUAGGAUUUUGAAUUCAAUUUUGUUUUUUGUUUUUUUGUUGUUGAUGGUUUUGUUGUGUUGUUUGGGUGGAUAAUCAGCACGGUUUUGUGAAAAAUGUGAUUAAAUCAGAAAUUUGGAGUUGCAAUUUCGAUGGCUUA